AUGGCGGCCACGUCGCUUGCGCGCUGCUGCAGUAGCAGCAGCAGGGCAAUCCCCUGCAAGCCCCCGGGGCAGCGGGGCAAAAGGCCGCUGAGCCACGGCCAGGCGGACGGGGAAGGAGGUCUUCCCGACGGCGGCGACAGCGGCUGCUCCGCGGCCCAGCGCUCCGAGGAGGCGGGCACCUGCGAGGGCAGGGAAGGGUUAACCGAUGUGGAGAAGAGGGUGGUGGCUCUCCACGAGGAGGCAUGCGCGGCUGGCAAGCAUAACUACAUAGAUCCAGACACUGGCUACCUAGUGUUCACCAAAGUGGCCCAUUUGCAGAGAGGACACUGCUGUGGUACUUCCUGCAGACACUGUCCAUAUGGUCAGAUGAAUGUUAAAGAUCCUUCCAAAAAGAAGCGGUUCAAUUCCUUUUUCUACGCUUGAGGAUCGAAGCCUUUUGCAUCAUACCAUGAAGGAGAGGGGGAGUCAGCCAUCACUCCCACUUCUUCCUUCUUUUCUGCCCCCUACAGCUUCCACAUUUUGCAUAAUGUCAUUCCUUUGACCUCUGCUGUUCUGCAUCCUGAAUAUUUUCCAAUUGCAAUAAAAUAAAAAGCCCAUGUGUGCUCCAGUGGCGCUGAGCCAUUGA